UCGGCGUUUUAAUCUCAGGCUAUCGAUGACGAUAUGUCCAGUGCUCUUUUUACGGUGUACUGUCCCCUGUUAAAGCGAUCACAUGACCAGCAGAAGGAACGCACCUCGGUGCCCUACGUUAAACCAACGCUCUGUGUCGGCGCGCUGUGCCUUCAAAGGGAGCGGUCCAUCGAUCAGCGAAGAGCGACGAAGCACGUGAAGCUGCUUUAGUUGGAAUAUGGGGCGGUCGACAGCGGCGAGAGGCAGAUGAGUAGGUCGAACAGCAAGGAGCUUCGCCUAAUUCGGCAGUAAUGGUCGAGAGUUUUUUUUUUUUUAAGUAAUCCUGCAAACGGUAAUGUUCGGCGGUGAAAUCUUUCCCCUCCGGUGCCUGUGUUUGGCCUUUCGAAUAUGAUGAAGAAGAAGAAUGUGCCAUGGAAGGGUCCCGCAGGUGAAGCGAAUCAGGCUCUCACGCCGGACAUCAGCUGCCGGAUAUGAACGAAAUUAACGUUCGGGCCCCCCUUUUCGGGCUGCUGUGUUUCCUCGCUGCUUACGGGACGAGCGCCAAGGGCCAGGAUGUCUCCCAGCUUGUGACGCAACUGUGCAGCCAGAGACACCAGCGCCGCCUGGAUGCUGUCACGUGCAUCGGGUCUCAGACAAAAUCAGGGUUCCCAGGCAACCUGGCCAAGUGCGUUCGGGCCAGUUUCAAGGCUGAACGCCAGCUGAAGGACUUCGGCCUCGGUGCGUUGUGCGGCGGCCCAGCGCUCGCCGCCGAAGGAGUCGACCGAGCCGCCCCGAUUCUCGCAGAUAUUGGGAUUGCUCGGAGGAACCUUUCGCCGCCGGCGCUCAAAGCCAUGGCAUGCGCUCUGUCCUACUCUGGCGUCAAGCUGUCCCAGAUUAAGAACCUAAUUGAGAACUGCCAGUUGCUACCCUGGCCUUGAAAGAGGACCACACAGCAUGGCUUCCCGUAACGGGAGAAGGAAGGUGUGAAAAGCGCUGUGAAAUAUAAACGUAUACCCUAGCAUUUCUCGUGGUAGACGUAGAGCACUAGUCAUAAUGCGAUCGACACACUUGAUCCGGUGUAAGAGAGAUGGUCACUCUUUUGUAAUCGAGCUGACCGGACAUUGAGACCUCUCGGACAGGCUGGACGACGUUUCGAGUAAUCAACUUGUCGUUGUGAGUAGAUUGUCAUCAUUCUGAGCGUUGUUUACGCCUUGUGGUUUUUGUCUUACGUUCGUGGCGCUGCUUGUAACGUGUUGGUGCUCUCUUACUCCACUACAAGCUAAACUACUGAGGUCACCUCGAUUAUGCCGUGUAGCCAACAGGCUUGAUUCAUAUUUCAUUUCAUUCAUUUCACCUCACCUCAAAGACCUGAAGGCAACACAUAAGAGAAGGGAAUGAUAUAUGUUAUUGUUAC